AUGGAUCAGAGGAAGAGGACGAUCAGUCGCAUCUCCUUCACGAAGGCACUCAGAUCCCUGAACGCCUUGAUGGAUCAAGAAAAAUCAAGUACGGUGGAGAUUAAAUCGGCCUUUGAAGGACUAGAGAGAAGACACCAGGAGCUUGAAGAAAUUUCCAAGAAGAUCCUAGAAGAAAUGUUCAUCGCUGAAGAUAUUGAGGAUGAAGAUUUAGAAAAGACUUCCGAGGAAAACUUAAGGUACGAGAGCCAAUUCUUGACAGCGAGAUGCAUGUUCGAAGAAAGGAUGGCUUCGAUUCAAGAGAAGGCUCAAAGUGUCAGCAGCAGUGGAAAUUCUACGUCCAGAGCGAGGUGCAAUCUUCCAAAAGUGGAACUGGCCAAAUUCAGCGGAGAUAUUCGUGAGUGGCUGAAAUUUUGGAGUCUUUUCAGCAAGAUUCACGAGGACACUGGACUACGCGAUGAGGACAAGUUCCAGUAUCUGAUGCAGUCAAUGGUACCAGGAUCCAGAGCAGCAGAUCUAGUGAAUAGUUACCCUCCGGUCGGGGAAAACUAUCAAAAGGCCAUCGAAGGUCUGACAAAACGUUUCGGGCGCGAGGAUUUGCAAAUUGAGGUGUAUGUGAGAGAGCUAUUGCAAUUGGUUCUGGAAAAUGCCGUAGCGAAGAAAAAAGUGAUCCUCGCUUCGCUUUAUGACAGAAUCGAGUCAUAUAUUCGGGCGUUAGAAACUCUAGGCGUUACGACAGAUAAGUGUGCGGCUAUGCUUUAUCCGUUGGUUGAAUCCUCGUUACCAGAAGACUUAUUACGAGUGUGGCAGCGGUCUAACAGUGCAGCUGAAAAUGGUAACGUUGGAAAGGCGUCGAAUGUGUCAAAAACGCGACUCGAUGGACUUAUAAGAUUCUUGGAAUCCGAGGUUCAAAACGAACUGAGAAUCUCUAUGGCCGUAAAGGGAUUCGACAUAGGCGGUAAACCGGAACGGGAGCGAAAAGCAGAAAAGAACUUGCCGAGUGCGCGGAAUCUGCUUGCUUCGGUAGUGAAAGAGGACAAGUGUGUUUUUUGUGAAAAAACGAACCACAUGAGUGAACAGUGCUUCAAAGCGGAAAAAAUGCCGCUAUCGGAAAAACAAGAAGCGGCAAAAAUUAAGCGCGUUUGUUUCGGUUGCUUGAAAAGCGGACAUUUAAAGAAGCAUUGUAGAUCGAAAUUGAAAUGUUCAAAAUGCGGCAAGAGACACGUGGACAUAAUGUGCCCGGGACGAAGAAGUCGUCCGAGUUCGCGGUCCGAUUCAGAAAGCUCGGUAAGUGCAGUCAACAUUCCGAAAGAAUGCGCUUUAGCUUCAUCGGCCGAAAUUCCCGCGACUUUCAUGCAGACUCUAAGGGUGCGAGUGCGAAAUGAAGUGAAGGAUGUUGUCGUUCGUGCGUUGAUCGACACCGGGUCGCAAAACUCGUAUGUGUUGAGUAAACUUGCUGAAAAAUUGGAUUAUAAACCGCAUGGACAGCAAGAUAUGGUGCAUUUACUUUUCGGCGGAAGUAAAUCGGAUGUCGCGACGCACCAGAAGUUCCAAGUGCGUGUCGGGAAUCUCGAUGGAACAUACUGGUGCAAUUUUGAAGCGCUCGGCGAUAAAGUGAUUUGCUCGAAUGUACCAUGUGUAAAAAGAGGUGCGUGGUUGGAAGAGCUGAAAAAACGGGACGUUAUAAUGAGCGAUGUCGAUAGUGAAGAAGAGUGCGUAUCCAUCCUCAUUGGCGCCGAUAUAGCGGGAAAGUUGCUGACAGGGCGAUUACACCAAACAGAAAGUGGAUUAACAGCGGUAGAAACACAUCUGGGAUGGACAUUGAUGGGUAAAAUGCCGCCAAAGGAGAACAACGCUGAAAAUAAAGAAAACUUGGCCGUUUUGUCUAUCUCCAUGUUGACAAAAGAUGUGGAUAUAAAAGAUUUAUGGUCAUUAGAUGUUAUAGGAAUAGACGAUCCUAUAGAUCAUAAAUCACGUAAGGAUCAUAACAUUCAAGUUGAGCAGAACUUCAAGGAAUCUAUUGCGAAAAACCCCGAAGGUCGUUAUGAGGUAAAACUACCAUGGCUGGAUUAUCACCCCGAGCUCAAGGACAACAAGAGCAUGGCCAUGCAACGAUUGGAAAAAAUGGUCAAGAAACUACGAGAGAUGCAGAAAUUCCAGGAAUAUGAUGGGAUAUUCCGAGAAUGGCUCCACGAGGGGAUAAUAGAGCAGGUACCAGCACAAGAAAUGGACAACUGGGGUGUUUAUUUGCCACAUCGCCCGGUUUUCAAAGAAGAAGCUACAACAAAGACGAGGCCAAUAUUCGAUGCGUCAGCAGGCAGCCCAUCCCUAAAUAGCUGUCUGGAAAGAGGACCGAAUCUUAUCGAAGAAGUCGUGGACAUUUUAUUGAGGUUUAGAGAAGGUAAAAUUGGUGUGAUUUCUGAUAUCAAAAAAGCGUUUCUUCAAAUAAGUAUUGAUCCCGAAGAUAGGGAUUUUUUGAGAUUUCUUUGGUAUGACGCGCAGGGCAAUCUGAUAAUGUUCAGACACUGUAGGGUAGUUUUUGGUGUUUGUAGCAGUCCAUUUAUGUUAGGGGCGACCAUCAGUCUACAUUUAGAAAAUUAUUUAAAAUCAAUUGAAAGUGAACGCGGUAUAUUUGUCUCUGAAUACUUUUACAUCUCGAAGCUCAAACGUAGUUUUUAUGUGGAUAAUUGUGUAGCGAGUGUGGAUAACUUCGAACAAUUAGCUGACUUCAAAUGUAAAGCAAAAUCUGUGAUGGAGACAGGUCUUUUCGAUUUACGUGGAUGGGAAUAUACUCAUGACAAUUUGAAUAAUGUUUGCGGAGUACUUGGCUUGAAAUGGGAUAAAGAGAACGACACGCUAGCGCUAAAUAUUUCGAAUAUUGAGAAAGUCGCGGUUGACAAGAUAACUAAAAGGGAAGCGUGGGCAGCUAAAAUUGGUUGGGAUGAAGAAGUGAACGAAAGUAUUAAGAAACGUUUUUUGGUUUGGAUCAAAGAAUUAACAAAAUUGUCGGAAGUAAAGAUACCGCGUUGCAUGUUAGGCGUCAAGCAAUCGGAAACGGACGUAGAAGGUUGGGACGUGCAGCUUCGUUUUGUACAAGCAAAGACUAAAGUUACGCCUGCCAAAAAAGGUGACACGGGUAAUUCUAUAAGUAUACCACGAUUGGAAUUAUUAGCAGCAACGAUCGGUGCAAGACUAACUAGGCAUAUUUUGAACGCCAUGGAUUUUAAAAUAGAUAAAGUAUUUUACUGGUCAGACUCGUCAACGGUUAUCACGUGGAUCAAUAGGGAAGAUAAUUGGAGCGUUUUUGUCGCGAAUCGGAUCAAAGAAAUAAGAAAUAUUUCGGAAGUUAAGCAAUGGCGGCAUAUUCCGGGCAAUAUGAAUCCUGCUGACUUGCCAUCACGAGGAUGUACGGUUGAUCAGUUAUUAGAAUCUCGGUGGUGGGAGGGUCCGGAUUGGCUCAAAAAGCAUGAAGAAAGUUGGCCUAAUUUUCCCGAUCAAAAUAUAGACGAAACAGAAGUACUGUCGGAAUUGAAGAGAUCAAAAAUUCCAAAUUCCGCCUUAAUCGCAUUAGCAAGCAGUGAUAGGGAAAAUAUUAAUGUAAAAAAUGUCAAGGAAGACAAACAAAUUAGAACUAGAAGCGGGCGUAUUUCCAAAGAACCCAGACGCCUUGAUUUGUGA